AUGGCAGAUAAAAAACCCGAUAUCGGCUCUCACUCGAAGCCUUACCGGGCGCCACUACUAGACUUCAGAUCACUCUACCCAUUUUCCGACGAUUUCGAUCCGGGCGCACUCUGGGGAUUGCGAAGACUGAUAAGGAAAGGGGCGAUAAGACUGGUCAAGCUUUACUUCUUUAUUAUCUUCCUAACAGUGGUCGAUCUGCUCUUCGUGGGAUUCAAUCUGAUCAGUCCAGCCAGGACUAGUGGGAAUGUGAUCCCGUUGCCUUUCAAUCCUCAUUCGCCACCUCGAUUUUUCGAUCGUCCUUUUAUCUUUGUCAUCUGUAAACUGGCACUUUGGCUGGGUCCUCGCGCACCCCAAUGGAUCCAGGAAUGGUCUCAAUGGGAUGGCCUACUUCCCGACGGACGCUGGCCAGCAAUCGAUAGAGAUAUGGACUUCCAGACUGUUUCCCGUAGUCCUUGUCCUGGGCUCAACGCCUUAGCCAACCAUGGAAUCCUUAAUAAAUCAGGAGAAAACCUUAACUUUCAUCGAAUUGCCUCUCGGAUUAGCAGGACUUAUAACCUCAGCCCAGCCCUGGCCGUCCAAUUACUCUCAGCUGCCUGGCCUCUAUUCAAGGACCGAGGGAAGAUCGAUCUUUACUCCCUAACGACUCAUGGUUUGAUCGAACAUGAUGCCAGUCUACUCCGUCCUGAUCUCAAUGAAAGCACUUUGGAAGACCAAACCAAGCCGAACCAAGAAUUGAUCGAAAAACAUUUCCCUAAGCGACGAAUCCGAAGGACUCGAAAAAUCAACAGAGAAAGUGCAAGCGCAGAGGAAGAGGACGAAGAAGAAACAGACAAAAUCAGACUCAAGCACCUCGACUUCUCGAAUCUAUUGGAAAGGAGGAGAGAGGAAUGUAAGAUAAAGAAUACGAGUUUCCACGACACGUUCUUGUUCAAGUUUUUCGGAAGCGGCAAUUGCGCCAUGUUUAUCGAAGUCUUUAAUGGGGAAUUGUCGGAUAUACGUCCAUUUGUCGGCGCCGGUGUUUCUACCAACGGUCGACCCUAUCAUCACCAUCAUCGCGAUCUUCCCGAUGGACAACCCGAGCAUCCAAUCGGUUUCAUGAAUUUAGUCAAUCUCGAAGUCUUGCCUCACGACCGUUGGAGACCUUCAAAUCUGCACCAUCCAUGGGGCUUAACAAUUUUCAAACUUAUUUACUCCACUCUAAAAAUCGAAGCCAGGACUUGA